CGCCGAGCCCCGCGCGCACUAGCUCUCAGAGAGGGUGGAGAAAGCCUCAAGUUCCGGAGCUUUCCCAAGUCCGGCCCAACCUUUGCUCCAGCGAUCAUGGCUGCCGAGGAAGUGGUGGCGACGGGCGCCGAACCGAGCGAGCUGGAGAGCGGGCUGCUGAACGAGAUUUUCACGUCGCCUCUCAACCUGCUGCUGCUCGGCCUCUGCAUCUUCCUGCUGUACAAGAUCGUGCGCGGGGACCAGCCGGCGGCCAGCGGCGACAGCGACGACGACGAGCCGCCCCCGCUGCCCCGCCUUAAGCGGCGCGACUUCACCCCUGCCGAGCUGCGAUGCUUCGACGGCGUCCAGGACCCGCGCAUACUCAUGGCCAUCAACGGCAAGGUGUUCGACGUGACCAAAGGCCGCAAGUUCUAUGGGCCUGAGGGGCCAUAUGGGGUCUUUGCCGGAAGAGAUGCAUCCAGGGGCCUCGCCACAUUUUGCCUGGAUAAGGAAGCUCUGAAGGAUGAGUAUGAUGACCUUUCUGACCUCACUCCUGCCCAGCAGGAGACCCUGAGUGACUGGGACUCUCAGUUCACUUUCAAGUAUCAUCACGUGGGCAAACUGCUGAAGGAGGGAGAGGAGCCCACUGUGUACUCGGAUGAUGAAGAACCAAAAGAUGAGAAUGCUCGGAAAAACGAUUAAAGCAUUCAUGGAUGCAUAUCUAUUUUUGUAUUUUGCAGAAUCAUUUGUAACAUUCCAGUCUGUCUUUAAAAUGUGGUGAUUUCAAUAUUUAGAAAAGUUUUGAACUUGCUGUAAAUUUUUUUAAUUAACAUCACUAGUGACACUGAAAAAAUUAACUUCUUUGAGUGCAUGAUGUUUGUGUGUCAUAAAUGCAGAAAGUGAACUGCAGUGCUGUAAUACAAAUGUUAGUAGUUUUUCUUCUAUCUGUAGUUAGUACAGGCUGAAUUUAAAUUUGUUUUUCCUAAAAGAUAGGUAAGACUUGGGUAUUUCCCCCAAAUACGUAGAAAUGCAAAAUGUGCAAAGUCCUUCAAGCACUGAGAACAAAGGAUCAACUUUUAGUCAUGAUGUUCUCUAAAGACAGCAAAUUCCUUACUUCUCAAUGGAUUUAACUGCAUGAAUUCCAUCUCUAAAGCAAAUCUGCAGUGUCCCAAAGGCUUUGAUAUUUAUUAAAGAGAGCUGUCCAGUAAGAAAAUGAAAUCUCAAAGCUGGGCUUAGUUGGAAGAAAUACACUGUUUCUAGACAGCAUCAUUGUUCAGACACUUGGACACCUUCACUAACUGUUCUCUAUAGUGAGGAUUAAAACAUGAUCUGAACAUUCAAAAGGAAGCUUUGGGGAAAAUCAGCUGGCUUGCCUAAAAAUCUAAAUACAUGAAGAACAUUAUAGGGCUAUCUUUUCAGUCUCCAUGUUCAUGGUGGAGCAAUGGUUAUUUUACAUGAUUUGACAUGAGGGGCAUGUAGAUCAGGUGAUUGCUCUACUAAGAGCCUUCACACCCCCCUGAAUAAUGAGAAAACAGUGCACAUCACUAGCCAAGUGGUUUUUGAAGUAAAGUAUAUUCAUAAAGUGGUAACAGUUAACUCUUUUGUCACAAAACUAGAGCCACUGCAAGAGUAGUAGUCAAGUGUCUAGGUCUUUGAUAUUGGUCUUAUGGUUAACGAUAAACUUAGCUAAGUAGACUGUACAGUUGUAUGAAUUUGUGUUAUGUGAACAACUAGUGAAGUUUCAAACUCUUGUAAUUGUAGUUGAAUAGUAUUUUCCUUGUAUUUUCUUGUGAACCAUGUUUAAUGGUUUUACCUCAAAUCAGAAAACAAAAUGAAGUGCUUUGGUCAGUUAAUAAAAUGGUUUUACCCAAUAAA